UGUGUAAAUAAUUUGGAUUUUUUGGUAAAUAAAAGGGAAUUGAGAGAACUUCAGCAGCUCCUGUAACUGGAAGGUUCUAAGUUCUGUCACUGCGGGGACCCAUUCUUUGAUCGUGAGUUUGUCUGCUAGAAUUCCAACAUAACUUCUGGAUUUAUGAGCACGAGAUCCCGGAAUCCGAGACAGUUCCGUUCUUGUUUCUGGUUGAAUUUAAUUGGAUAGGAGAAGAGGUGGAUAUGGCUCCUGCUAAAAAAUUCGUCAUGCUGGUGAUGGUUUUUACCUUGGUCAAUGCACCAAUAAAUGCUUAUUCUACUGAGAAAGAUUUUGUGCACUGUGAAAGUACUGUCAAGAAGUGGGCGGCUUCUUCUCUUGAUGCAGAGGUAAAAGAAGACAGACAUACAUUGCGAGAUCUUCUGUUCUUUCUCCAUAUCCCCAGAACAGGCGGGCGCACGUAUUUUCAUUGCUUUUUGAAAAAAAUGUACACUAGUUAUCUGGAAUGUCCCCGAUCUUAUGAUAAGCUUCGGUUUGAUCCAAGCCAACCAAAUUGCAGAUUGAUGGUUACUCAUGAUGACUAUAGCAUGGUUUCCAAGCUUCCACAGGAGAGAACUUCUGUGGUUACAAUACUAAGAAACCCAGUUGAUCGUGUCUUUAGCACAUAUGAAUUUUCAGUGGAGGUUGCAGCUAGAUUUUUGGUGCAUCCUAACUUAACUUCUGCAACACAAAUGACGAAACGUAUACGCUCAAAGAACAAGGAAGUAAGCACGUUGGAUAUAUGGCCAUGGAAGUAUUUGGUUCCUUGGAUGAGGGAGGACCUUUUUUCCCGGAGAGAUGCUCGAAAACGUGGUGAUUUUAAUUCUAUUAGAGAAAGCAAUGAUUCAUAUGACAUGGAAGAUGUUGUUAUGCCUCUACGUGAAUUCAUCAAUGAUCCUGUAGCUCGCGACAUCAUUCACAAUGGAGCCACUUUGCAGGUUGCAGGACUUACAAAUAAUUCUUAUUUUUCGGAAUCACAUGAAGUGCGGCACUGUGUAAGGAAGUAUCAGGCUCUUGGCGAAUAUGUGCUUGAAGUUGCUAAGAAGAGGUUGGAUAAUAUGUUGUAUGUUGGACUUACCGAGGAUCACAGAGAAUCUGCCACAAUGUUUGCAAAUGUGGUUGGGCUUCAGGUGAUUUCCCAAUUGCAAGCAUUGAGCUCUAGUAUGGAGCAAGCAGAUAAGAACACAUCAGACAUGAACUCAUCAUUUCAAAAUUACCAGCCUGACAGUAACUACCUUCUGAAUAGCACCAAUGACCAGAAGGCAACGGACAUUUCUGUGACUGAAAAUGUGGGAACAUCAAAUGAAAAUAUGGCGGUGGGAAAACUGAUGGAAGCUUAUGAAAAGUGCAUUUCUACUUUACGGAAGGCCCAAUCUCAUCGACGGACCUUUUCUUUGAAAAACAUUUACCCAGCAAACUUCACAAAGGAGGCACGCCUUCAGGUUCCUGAAGUGGUCCUCCAGCAGAUAAUGUCACUUAACAAUCUUGAUGUGGAGCUAUACAAUUAUGCGCAAGGAAUAUUUGCACAACAAAGGAAGCGUCUGAUGUCGAAGUUGGUAGAAGCGGAGAGGCAAUUGAUCACUCUAAGCAGUUCAUAUGCGAUCCAUUUUUGGAAGGUUUUAUCAUUAGUUCUCUUACUCCUUGUGCUGCUAGUUCUCCUUGUAAAUGCAAGAAGAAGAACAUUGAAAGUCAAAGUAUGAAUAUGUGAUUUAAAUACAAAGUGCAGGGACUUAGAAAGCAAUUUUGCAGGAGAUGCAUGGAAUGGUUGGUUUCCAGCAAUGAGCCCCAUUUCCAUUUACCCACAACUUUGGGGCAUUGAUAACUCCACAUGGCUAAAUAUAAAACUUGACCAGUUUCUGUAAAUAUGACCAUCUGAUGAUUGAGAGAGGGGAAGAUGUCAUGAUCUCUGGAUGGUUUUCAUCACCUGUUGUGUUUUUAUCAAUUUUCCGGCCGCAGUUCUUUGUGCCUCAGAGUAAAUUAAAGCAUUGUUGAUAGGGAGGGUGAACUUUAGAAAAGAAGCUUCAAGUGACAGACUUUAAACUACUUGCCUGUGGGCCUUUAUUCCUCACAGUAGAAUGUUGUACAUCGGGUGAGAAUGGAAGAGUGCCUUCUGCACAUUGAAACAAGAGUAUGGAUUGGUGAUGCCUUGCUGAUGAUAAUUCGUUCACAACAGGUGGUACAUGUGGACUUCAUCUGUCAUUGGUGAUAGAACCUCAUAGCUUAGAUUACAAAUCAAA